AUGGCUGAACAAGAUGCCUUUCUGCACCUCACCCGCCCUCUCGGUCCUGCUGCCGUAGGGGCUCAACCCACCACCGCUCCCCUUCGAGUCGUGAUACAACCGCAAGCUCUAUUCUCCAUCCUCGACCAUUGUGCCCGUCGCCCCCCGGAUCAACAGCGAGUCAUUGGCACACUUCUGGGCACCAGGUCCGACGCCGAUGAAUCCCAAGUCGUGGUUCACUCUUCAUUCGCAGUCAGCCACACGGAAACCACCGACCAGGUCGAAGUGGAUAUGGAGUAUCAAAAGACAAUGCUAGCAUUACAUCUGCGGGCCAACCCCAAAGAGGUUCUGGUGGGAUGGUACGCGACGAGCUCGGAACUAAAUACAUUUUCGGCUUUGAUUCAAAACCACUACAGCAGUCAGGGCGAAGGCACAUUUCCAUAUCCCGCAGUCCACGUCACGGUGUCGUGCCAACCAGGCUCUGAUGUUGAAGUCAGGACAUAUAUUUCGUCCCCGGUAGGCGUGAGUCCCGAACGAGCUGCGGAUUCCGCUGCGUUCAUUCCCGUUCCUUACACCGUCAACUACGGCGAAGCCGAUCGUGCGGGUCUCGAGGCCAUUGAGUAUGCAAAGGACUCAGAAACCAGGACAGCCACAGUGCUCACGGACAUUGAAAGCCUAGAACGUUCCCUGGAAGAUACGCUGGCCCGGUUAGACCGAGUGGCCAAGUACGUGGAAAAUGUGAUCGAAGAGGAAGCAGAGCCAUCCACGGCACUGGGCCAAUUUUUACUCAAUACCCUCGCUCUGGCACCGAAAGUGGAUCCUGCAGAGAUCGAGAAGGAUUUCAACAACCAUAUCCAAGAUAUCCUCACCGUGUCGUACCUCGCCAAUACAAUUCGCACUCAAAUGGAUUUGUCCAACAGAUUGGCGACGGCACAAUUGACAAUAGGCGGCGGUGAUGGUUCAGGUGGUUCGACAGAGAAGGAAGGACGAGGCGAACGAAGACAGAACAGACAAGGAGGGCCAAACCGGCAGAAUCGGGCAGAGAGCUUGUCACUAUCAAAUAUGUGA